AUGUGGGUGCUCGUUGUUCUCUCGAUAUUGUUCUGGCAGCACCUUGCUGUUGGUGUUACUGGAGGACUCGCAGAAGCCUCGUGUAGUGUCGACUCUCUCGUGUGGACAUGCAAGGGACCCGGGCUUCUCCCACUGGACCUCCUUCAGCCCGACAAGGUCUUUGGGAUCACGCAUAUUCACGGAGACAUGUUCUGCGAGAGCACACGAAUAACAGGCUAUGAUGGAUUGAUCUCGUUGGCUGGUUGGAACAGUUACCGGCAGCAGGCGUAUCUGCGCGUUACAGAGACCAAUGCGUACUAUUUAACCCUCGACAUGAAGAAGUGGAUGGCACUCACAUCGAGCAUAGACGUAUCGGCAGGCUCCAGCAGAAUUCAAUUGGGGGAGGGUGCCGUUCUUCAGGGCUAUUUACAUUCGCUCUCAUAA